AUGGACAUUCUUUUCAAUCCCCACUAUCACAGACACAAGAGAAUCCACUCUUUGCUAGCAUUGGCUUCAAAGCCCUCCCAGGUCAAUGUGGAUUACUUGGAGAAAGAAUUCAGAGGUCAUGGAGUCAGCUUUGAAAGUAAUGGUGAUAAUUGUGUCAUCAAUAUGGCAAUGGACAAUGGUAGCGUUGCCAAUGUGGUGCUGCCAAAUGGCCUAAUAACAUCAUACAAGCCACUCAUGUGGCACGGAGCGGCCAUGGAAGUGCUGCAAACAGCUGUAUCAAAAGGCAAAAAUGGUGAAGCAGUUAUCCAAGAGGGGGCAUCUGCAGAUAUCAAGCUUGUGAAUGAUGGUGGAAUUCCAUGGUCCCCAAGCACUAGGUCUCUUCAAAAUGUUAAGAGGAAGUCUGAAGACUCUAUUCAGGCAGAGUCUUCAACCUUUGAUUCCAUUCUUUUCUGCGUUUGAGUUUUGGUAAGACUAAAGAUUUGCAAGCAAGGACCAAUUGCAGCAUGCUAGUUAAAGUGACUUACAUUCAAGUAGC